AUGUCUCUUUAUACCUGCAAGAUUCCGCUCGAGCUAGUGGACGAGAUAUGCGGCCAACUUGCACCACAAACAAAUUACUAUCUCUACGUCAAUGACGAACGGAAUCGCCCUGCGAGAACUGCUCUGGCAAGGUGUGCACGGGUGUGUCGUGCGUUCCACACGUCGGCUGUGAGGGUUCUUUGGAGACGGCUGGAGCUGAGCACCAUAUGCGAGGCUGUCUUACGGAGCUUCAGUCUCGGCUCCGUCAAGUGGCCUACGAAUGAAGAAGAAUCUAUGGGAGGACAUGAAUCAGAUGACGAGGUCAACGAGGACAUGGCUGUAGGCAUUGAUCCGUGUAGCUACGAAUUCAACUAUAAAUACGUCCCAGGCCCCAUUUCUCCGGAGGAAUGGGCUCGAUUCAAGCACUAUGCGCCUUUCAUUCACGUCCUCCGCUACGGAACAGAGGAUACAAUAGAACCUUCCAUCUUCCUUUUCCUUCAGCAGCACGCACAUGGCCGGCCGCUCUUCCCAAAUCUGCGCGAACUCAUAUGGGAGCAUGCCACACCCGAAAUAAUAUCGAUGACUUCCCCGUCAAUUCGUGUCCUGUGCCUUCCCGAAGACGAGGAUAUGAGGGAGAACGGUGGUCAGACGUACGAAUACGCGUACCGCAUGCGGCGACAUGCUUUCAAGCAAAUGCUUCCUGCUGUGCUGCAGGCUCUCCCCAACCUCGAAGAGCUCUACCUCCGAAAAUUGGCGCACGAAGCCUUCUGGUACCCGUUAUGGCGGUCGGUACCUAGCGGCUGUUUCGUUAGUCAGACAAUCCGGACCCUCUGCAUCUUCGAAUCUCGUCGUGCCCUCACCCGGGCCGCCCUAGCUGCAAUCUCCACCAUCCAUGGCCUCACUGCGCUCGAGAUCGAUAUGGUCGAACGCGGCGGUACGCACGACUUUGAGGCGGACAACGAGGUGGACGUUCCGCCCAUUCGUCCCUUUGAAAACCUGAGGCGUCUCCUGCUCAAAGGGAGCACGACGGGGAUGGCGGUGCUCGCUCACGCGAUAGCUGCGCCCGGACUGGAGGACAUGGAGAUGUGUUUUAGAUGUUCUGACGACGAUGAUCCCAAUGCAGCGGCAGUGGCGGUCGCGCUCCACGCGACCUUCGACGUGCUCGGUCGCCGGAAUGCUGAGUCUCUACUGAGGCUUAGUGUGAUCGACCCUAGCUUCUCUCAACCUCUAUUCAUCGGCGGGACGUCAGCUGGUACGCCUUUUCACCCGGUGGCUUGUCCGCUGCUCGCGCUUCAACGUCUCCGGGACGUCGAGAUCCAGGAGGUCAACCCCGAUGCAUCCACAUAUACCAGUGUCCCUGGCUUGGUAGCGGCAUGGCCCACGGUACGAUCGAUCGACUUGCCAGCUCUUGUUCUUACCAUCGACCAUCUGCGUGACAUCGCGCAUACAUGUCCUGAGCUCGAGUGUCUGCGACUGUGGUCUCUAGACGACGUGACGGGCCUCGACCUACUCUCCCAGGCCUUCCAACAGCAGACUUCAAGUUACUCCGACACGGACAAUGCGCCGGAUCCGGAGGCGACAAAGUGUGCGCUUCGAGAGCUGCACGUCGACGAGCCUCUCUGCAUCUCGCUCACGUCCGACAUCAAUAUCGUUGCUCGCUUUCUCGACUCGCUAUUCCCUCACCUUGACCUUGGGCGCUCUUCGCGGUUCGUUGUCUUUGACGGGGAAGGCUCGGAGGAUGGCACCGAGGUCCUGAAGCAAAUGACGAGGUUGCAACUCGCGCGACGGAACCAUGCGUAG